UCAUCCACCUUCUUCCCCAUUGUUCUUGUUUUCUUUUACGUGCCGUCACGCCUUUCGAUUUUCUCCACCACUUCACAUCCGAUCUUCCUUAGUCUUCUUCCGCCGCUGACGGAGUUUGUGGAGACGGCGAUGAUUCUCGUAGCUUAUUCUCAUCUUCUUCCUAUCUCAUUCUCAGCACCACGCGCGAUAACUGAAAUCGAUUCUGUUAUCACAUUUUUAAUUUUUGUAAUUCAAUUUAUUUGGGUUUUGAUUGUUUUUUCUUGUUGAUUGUACUCCUAAUACGCAGUUAUGUCCGCCACCAUGUGAACAUCAUUUAGCUUUUUCUAUUCACAAGUCUUCACGAUUCUUCUUCACAUCAAAGUGAUCUGUUGACUGUGGGGGAUAUAGUUCAUCGUGAUGAUUUGACUCCCAAAAAGCUUGGCUGUGAGAACAACUUCAUUUUGGAAUGGAUGGUAAGGUUGGUUAUGGCUUCCACAAUCUACGUAAUGAAAAAACUUCCCUUGCACAAGGUCAAAUUGCGAACAAGAACGAGCUUAAUGUGGAAAGCCGACUUUGUCGCUGAUAUGAACUCUUACAUCUUUCUCCUCUUAUCUUCAAGUUGCUGGUAAUAUCAUCCUAGUUUCACUAACUCUUAUCUUAAAAGAUAAAAGGUAAAUAUACAUUCCAAACUGUAUUCCUUUCCUAAUUCUUUAUUUUAUAAAUACUGUUGGAAUUGUUUUUUUAUUGCUACAAAACUUUAUAUUUUCUCAAUUAUGUUCACUUGUGAGCAAUUAUUGGUUUUGAUUUCUUUAAAAAAGAACUCCAAACUCAUGGAAUACUUUCUGGAUUGUGAUCAAUUGAUCACUUUCCUAAACCCUUGAUUUAAGAUAGAUACUUUGGCCGUAGUUUCGACCUUACUUAUCAAUUAAGAGAGUUUGAAAAUAAUGAUGGAGGAAAUGAAAAUAUUAAUAAUUUGGAAUAUAUAUUUACCUUGUGAAAUAAAUGGUGAGGGGAACUAGGAGGAUAAUGCCAACCCUUUUGCGUGUAGAAAAAGAAGAUAUAAAGUAUUCAUACUAGAAGAAAAAACACAUUUGAGAAAACUCAUCCAAACAAGUUUUAUUUGACAAGGAAGUGCAGUUAUUAACGAAUCUUGAAAUAAGAACAAAGAAGAAUGUGGCGACGGAAAUACAAUUAAAGGCUGCAACUCUCAAGGUGGCUUAAUUGUACAAACCCAAAACCAUGUGCAUGAAAAUCUUCAACCCAUCUCCUUUCCAUAAACUUGCCAUUUCCUUUCUACGGUCAUAAACCAUGAAAAAAAAAAUACAAACAAAUCACGGUUAAAUCUGUUUUUUUAUCUGUACAAACUCUUGAGUAACAACCCUACUAUUAAAGGAUAAUAAAAUAAAAAUAAAAAGAGUUAGGAAAUGAAUUUAUGGAGUAUUUUAUCUUGUGAAAUAAAUAGUGAGGGAAAGGAAGAAGAUAGUACCAACCGCUUGCCUGUAAAAAAAGAAAAUAUAAAUAUUCAUACCAUAAGAAUAGCAGCCUUUGGGAGUUAACUUAUACCAGCAAAUAUUGUUUGACAAAGAAGUGUAGCAAAAUAAGGCUCUUUAAAUUCUUUUUUUCUUUCACAUCAUCGAAACCAAUAUUUUACAAACAUCACUUAUGUGUCUACUUGCUUAAGUAUACAAUCAACUAUGUUCAUAACUCUCACUCAUUCAAUUAAUUUUGUUUUUUAUUUCAUAAUAGUAUGUGGUUUUCCCAUUUCCCACCACGAGUAUUAAUUUAAAAAUGAAUAGUAUAUUUGAUUAGGGCAAAAUCAUUUGUGUUGAGAUGUUUGUCGAAUAUGGUAUUCAAAAAGAAAAAAAAAAGUUUAUUUUAGAAUAUGAAUGGUAUUAGGAUGAUUAAGAAAUAAUUUUUUUUUUGUUACAUAAACAUUAUUGUAAUAAAUGCUUCCAAAUUUAAAUGGAUUAUUGUAGGUAUAAUUAUAUUUGCUUUGUACAGCCUAAUUAAAAAAAAAAAAGAAUGAAAUAUUACAAUUCUACGUUGCCAUUAAAGCCAAAUUCAAAUUGCUUGUGUAAAUAUAUAUAUAUAUAUAUAUUUGGAGGGAAUUAAGGGAAUCUCCUCAAAAUAUAUAUAUUUACACAAAACCAAUUUUGGCUUUAAUACCAAAUUGCAAUAUUUUCAUUCAUUAUUUUUCUUAAUUAGGUUAUACAAGCAAAUAAAUAUAUGCAAUUAUACCUGCAAUAAUGCUUUUAAAUUAGGAAACAUUUAUUAUAAUAAUGUUUAUGCAACUAAAAAAGUUAUUUCUUAAUCAACUCAAUACAACUCAUAUUUCCUAGAAUAAACUUUCUUUUUUAGUAUCAUAUUUCAUAAAAAUCUCAACACAAAUGAUUUUGCAUAAUCAAAUAUACUAUGCAUUCUUAAAUUAAUACUCCAACAUGAUUGGUUGGAAAUGGGAAAACCAUAAGCUAUUUUGAAAUAAAAAAAACAAAUUUAAUUGAAUGAGUGAGGGUUUUGAACAUACUUAUUAUAUACUUAGCAACUCCAUGCACAUAAUUGAUGUUUGUAAAAUAUUUGGUUUUGAUAAUAUGGAACAAAAAAAUGAGUUCAAAGAUGCCUUAUUUUGCUACACUCCUUUGUCAAACAAUAUUUGCUGGGAUGAGUUUACUCUCAAUGGCUGCUAUUUUUCUAGUAUGAAUACUUGUAUUUUCUUUUAUUAUCUUCUCACUUUCCCUCACCAUUUAUUUCACAAGAUAAAAUACUCCAUAUUAUUAUUAAAUUCAUUUCCUAACUCAUGAGUGAGUCUGGUUUUUUUAGAAAUCAAAACCAAUAAUCACUCUCAAGUGAACACAAUGAGAAGAUAUGGAGUUUGUAGAGAUAAAAAAAAAACAGAUCUAACCAAUUUGGGUUUGUACAAUUAAGCCACCUUGGGAGCUAUAACCUUUACUUAAAAUUUUAAGGUUCAUUAACAUUAUAUUAUCUUAAUUUAUUUACCUUAUUUGCAACAAAAAAAAAAGUUAUUUUUUAAUCAACUUAAUACAACUCAUAUGUCCUUAAAUAACUUUUUUUUUCUUUUUUAGUACCGUAUGUCAUAAAAAUCUCAACAAACAAAUGAUAUUUUGCCUAAUGAAAUAUGCUAUGCAUUUUAAAAUCCAUACUCCAAUAUGAGUGUUUGGAAAUGGGAAAACCAUAUGCUAUUUUGAACAUACUUGAUUAUGUACUUCAACUCCUAACACAUUUGUGAUGAUCUUAAAAUAUUGGUUUUGAUGAUAUGGAACAAAAAAUGAAUUCAAAGAAGCCAUAUUUUGCUGCACUCCUUUGUCAAACAAUAUUUGCAGGGAUGAGUUUACUCUCAAAAGCUUCCUAUUCUUCGGGUAUGAAUACUUUUAUUUUCUUUUUCUACCGGCAAGCGGUUGGCACUAUCUUCUUACUUCCCCUCACCAUUUAUUUCUCAAGAAAUGAAAUGGCAAGUUUAUCAAAAGGAGAUCUGUUGAAAAUUUUCAUGCAGGCCUUCUUAGGGUUUACGUUUGGUUUUAAUGCUUAUGGAUUAGGGGUUAAGUAUACAUCCGCCACCUUAGGAGCUGCUGCAUUUAAUUGUAUUCCUGUCACCACGUUCUUCUUUGCUUUUAUUUUAAGGGUGGAGAAAGUAAAUACAAAGAAAGCAAGUGGAAUGGCAAAGGUUGGAGGCAUAAUGUUGUGCAUUACUGGUGUUGCGGUUAUUACAUUUUACAAAGGUCCUUAUUUAAAACCACUCAACAACGUUCACCUUUUUCAAACCCAACAAGCUCAUGUUUCUUCCAAAAAAGAAUGGAUUCUUGGCUGUUCCUUGCUCCUCCUUUCUUCCCUUGCAGUGGGUUUGUGGUUUGUUCUCCAGGUUUGGGUUUUGAGAACUUGUCCAUCUCCACUUGUAGUAACAUUUGGACAGACAUUUUCAAGUAGCAUUCAGUCCUUUGUUGUGGCUAUUGCAAUCGAAAGAAACCCAUCUCAAUGGAAGCUGGCUUGGAACAUUUCCCUAGCUGCAAUUCUUUAUUGUGGAGUUUUUGUAGUUUCCAUUGGAAACUAUUUGUCAAGCUGGGUGGUUAAGAAAAAGGGUCCAGUUUUUCAAGCUGUUACUACACCCUUCAAUCUCAUUGUUACACUUAUUGGUUCAGAAUUUCUUUUUAAGUAUGGAAUUUGCUUGGGAAGCGGAAUUGGUGCUAUAUUGCUAGUUUUGAGUCUUUAUAGCGUUUUAUGGGGAAAAAAGAAGGAAGCAUGUUGUCAUGAUGCAUCAAACAACAACAGCAUCACCAAUUCUGUUCAGGUAGAAAGGGAAAUAUUAGAUAACAUUUAAAUUUGUUAGGAUAUGCAUAUAAUUGUCAAUGACUUUAUCCAUUGACUAUUGUUGUAGAGACAUUAUUCUACUGUCAAUUUUGUUCAUAAAUUUUUUUAUAUUUUGUUUUUGUUAAAAGUGAUUUUCAUCCGACUCUUUUAAGAUGUUAGAGUUAAUUCUAAUCUAAGUUGUGUUUUAAGGGUGGUUUGAACUUCUUUUUUUCACCCAUUUCUCAUUAUCAAUAUAUUAGAUUUUAUAGUUCGGUUUGAUUCUAUGUACAUAUAUAUAUAUAUACAUUCAUGAAAUUUGAUUAUCAAACCCACAAAUUUUUAUGGACA